CAUGCACCCAAAAUACAAGAAAAAGGCAAAGAAGAACAAAGAUGGGGACAAAAACGGAGAAAUAUCUGAUAAAGAACGGAAGCAACGAAUGUUCCCUGGUCUUUCGCUCCCUGACCAAGAGUGGAAGCCUUCAUUCCAAGAUGCCGACAGUAAAGAUGCAAUCUCAAAGGAGGUGGAAGGCAUUAUGUCAAAUCUAGAGGGAUUAGCAAAAAAAGCAAGACCGAGAGCAGCUGAUUUGAUGGAUGAAGAUGAACCACAAUUGAAAAGGCGAAGACUAGAUGUCUCUCCGCCCCGCAGACGUAGUCCGUCACCACCGAGAAAUGACGACCGUAAUGGUUAUGGUUACGAUAAUCGUGGUCGUGACGCAUAUCGAAGAGACAAACGCGUAGAGCUGGAUGACAGGCCUGUCGUUUAUAAAAUCUAUGACGGACGUGUUUCAAGCAUUCGGGAAUUCGGGGCCUUCGUGCAGCUGGAGGGUGUUAAAGGUCGAGUAGAAGGUAAGUUUAUGCUUUCAGGGACGCGAACGACGCCUAAUGAAUGCUUAGGUUUGGUGCACAUAUCGAAAAUACAACAAGCUGGGAGGGUAAACAACCCUGGAGAUCUGCUUAGUCGAGGUCAAAUGGUCAAGGUUAAAGUAUUACAAGUAACAGGCUCGAAAACGAGCCUUUCGAUGGCCGAUGUUGACCAAAGGACCGGGGCGGAUCUGACACCUCAUUUACGGAUCAAGUCUGAAGCGGAGAUGGAAGAAGAACGUGCCGCUAUGGCUGCUAGAUCUACAACAGGCUCUAAUAAUAUCCCACUUGGACGUGGCGCAGAGGCGCCAACUCGUUCUGCUAGGCGUCUUACCUCACCCGAGCGGUGGGAGAUCAAGCAACUUAUCGCAGCUGGGGAAUUGGAUCCAUCAGAGUACCAGGAGCUCGAUGAGGAUUUCUUCAACCCUGCUGCACGUGCAGAGGUUGAGGAAGAGUUAGAAGUGGAGAUCCGAGACGAAGAGCCAGCAUUCCUGGCUGGCCAGACAAAACGCUCCCUCGAAAUGAGUCCCGUAAAAAUUAUCAAGGCCCCAGAUGGGUCCCUGAACCGAGCUGCUUUACAAGGAGCAGCUUUGCAAAAGGAAAGGAAAGAGCUGAGGCAACAAGAGCUCAACGAAGAAGCCGACGCUGAGGCACGAGACUUUUCUACACCAUGGUUAGAUCCUAUGGCUCAAGGCUCAGAGAAGAUCUUUGCACAAGAUUUGAAGGGUCAUAUUCUUGGACAAAAAGCGAACGAACAACAAGAGUGGAGAGCAGCGACUUUCAACAAGACCACAACCUUUGGUAAGAUCACAAACCUAUCCAUCGAAGAACAACGCAAAGGACUCCCCAUCUACCGUCUGAGAGAGACUUUGGUUCAAGCCGUUCGAGAUACUGGAUCUGGGAAAACAACACAGAUGACUCAAUAUCUCGCCGAAGGGGGAUUUGCUGAAAAAGGAAGGAUUGGGUGCACCCAGCCAAGGCGUGUAGCUGCCAUGUCAGUUGCCAAGCGUGUAGCUGAGGAGGUCGGUUGUCGUCUUGGUCAAGAAGUUGGAUACACCAUCCGUUUCGAGGACUGUACAAGCCCAGAGACUCGCAUCAAGUACAUGACGGACGGAAUGCUUCAACGAGAAUGUCUUAUAGAUCCAGACAUGUCCGCAUAUUCUGUCGUCAUCCUUGACGAAGCCCAUGAACGGACGAUCGCAACUGACGUCUUGUUUGCCUUAUUAAAGAGCUGGAAAACGGCGACCGGAUUUAAGGGUCAUUGUCACGUCGGCAACAUUAGACGCGGAAAAGUUCUCGCAAUAUUUCUUCUCAUGUCCAAUCUGUACAAUUCCUGGCAAGAUUUUCCCAGUCGAGGUGCUUUACUCGCGAGAGCCCGAAACGGAUUACCUAGACGCAGCUCUUAUCACCGUUAUGCAAAUUCACCUCUCUGA